AUGGCAGAGGCAAAUCUGAUUUACAGACCAAGUUUUAUAAGUUCUUGGUACGGAGCCAAUGCUCAAAAUGAGAAUUUGUCACUUCUUGUCAUUAAUCAUAAUCUUGGAGAAUAUCCCGUCAAGGUUGAUGUACAAGUUAAAAUAAAUCAAGGAGGAAAGGAUUAUAUCUUCUCCGGAUUGGGAUCUUCACAAAGAGAUGACGAUCUUUCCGAAGACUAUGGCGGAGUUAUAUACAAGUACAAUGACCAACAUAUCGAAUUAUCAUUUCCGUAUUUAAAGAACAAUGCUGAUACUGGAGGCUUAGCAUAUACUGGAUCAGAUAACCUAUAUAUUGGACCAACAAAUCUUUUAGGUCCUUACAAAGAUGGAUAUGUGAGGACAAGAGUCUGGCUAGCUUCUGAUAUGCCACAUAUUGUUCUGAAUACAUCAGUUUAUAUGAGCGAGACCACUAACUACAAAGAGAUUACCCAUGAAUUAGGAUAUUAUCCAGAUCUUGUAACUGUACAGACCCUAUUGUCGAAUGGGUAUAUGUCGGACGGAGUCGGAGCCGUGUUUAUGGCAUCCACACCUUCCGAGCAUAACAGUUUAUCGGGAGUACUUUAUGGCUAUGAUGAAAGUAAAAUUCGAUUGUGGGUUCCUUCUGACUUUUUUAACACAAGAAAGAAUGGUGGAGUAUUUUUAGCGGAUGAUGGAUACAAACUCGGAAAGUUCAAGUCUGGUGAUGUUAAAAUCCUAGCAUGGAAUAUUCAGUGUUCACAGCAGGUUUAUUACAAAGCCUUUGAAGUAGGAGAUACAAUUGAACAUGACGAUGAGAUCAACUUUCCAUGUAUAUAUGAUUGGACAUAUUUCCUGGUGUCGGUGCAGUAUAAAGUACCCGAUGAAAGUAGUCCCAAUGGCGGGAUGGUUUUCAAUGCUGCCGGUACAACUCAAGCAAAUGAACUUUCCAAUUAUGGAGGAGUGAUCUAUGCUUACACUGAAAAUGAGGUUUUGUUAUGGCGUCCCACUAACGGCCCUGUAGUUUAUAUCGGUGACAGAUGGGGGAGUGGAAAUUCAAACCAAAUCGCUUAUACAGCUCGUGUCAUCAUACGGGUAUACCAUCUCCGUGAAGCAGGUAUUUACGAUUUAUAUAAUUGA